AUUAGUUGAGACAGUCCAUUAGAACCCGGAGAUUUUCGGGCGAAAACCAGGAAAGAAAAAAAAAAUAAAGAGAGGGGGAAACUUCCUAGCCGGAAAGGAAAGAGAAGAAUUCGCCUGAAAUUUUCCGACGCUUUCUCGCUGCAAUCGUCCCCUUAUACCUGAUCCCUCUGUCAUCAUGACAACAUCAAGGCGCCUUGCAGAUAGGAAGGUGGAGAAGUUCGAGAAAAACAUAACAAAGAGAGGAGCUGUGCCUGAAACAACCACAAAGAAGGGGAAGGAUUACCCUGUCGGCCCAUUGCUUCUUGGGUUCUUCAUAUUCGUUGUCAUUGGAUCAUCUCUCUUCCAGAUUAUCAGGACAGCGGCCAGUGGAGGCAUGGCAUAAGCCUUUAAAACCCAUGUUAAGAAAUUACAGACUUGUCUUGUCAUGUCCUUUCUGUUAGUUUUGUAGGGAACUGAUGAUACGUUUACCAGAUAUGCGUACUCAUGUUCUGAAGUAUGCAGAAUUGAAUAAGACCUCUCCUUGUCUCCUUGUUCUUUUUUAUAUGUUAACUUUUUUUUACCUGUUU